AUGAGUGAGGUUGGGAUUCAGGUUGAUGAUUCACUGCAACAACCACAGGAAGAGCUCGACGAACGCGAGAAGGAUAUCGAUUCCAGGGAGCAAGAAUGUGUGCAGUGUGAGCUUGAAGUACGCAACCGGAGGAAGGGGGUUAAGGAGCACCAGAGGGGGGUUAAAGAGCGCGGGAGGGAUAUGAGGGACAAGGAACGUGAAUUCCAAGAGAGGGAGAAGGAGACGCGGGAGAAGGAAAGGGAGAGGAGGGAGAGGGAGAAGGGUGUUGGGAGGCUGGAUAUGGGACGGUAUACGCCUGCGUUGGAUGAGGAUGGGGAAAGGGAGUUGAACGAGCUGAAAGAUGAGAUGGAUGUGCUGAAAUUGUCAAGAUUCAGGCAACAAUCUUGA